GGAUCAUAAAGGCAGAUAUAUUGUAAAAUUACCGUUAAAAGAGGAUUUAGUUGACCUCCUAGGCUCUUCUAAAGAUAUCGCAUUAAAGCGAUUGCAGGGUUUAGAAAAACGAUUUAAUCGUGAUCCUCUGUUAAGGGAACGUUAUUCCGAAUUUAUAAAUGAAUACAUAGCAUUAGGUCACAUGAAGCCUAUAACAGAGCAUCCAUCAGAUGAAACGAGGGCAUACUAUUUGCCACACCAUUGUGUCUUCAAGGGCACCGCUGAAGGCGACAAAAUACGCGUCGUAUUUGAUGCCUCGUGCAAAUCGGAUACCGGGUUAUCUUUAAAUGAUAUUAUGAUGACAGGACCGGUCGUACAAGAGGAUCUUAUAUCCAUACUCACGCGUUUUCGGACCUAUAAGUACGUACUUGUGGCGGACAUUAUUAAAAUGUAUCGUCAGAUACGGCUUCAUCCCACUCAAACGCGAUUGCACAGGAUUUUUUGGCGUAAAGACGAUAGGGUGGAGGCUUAUGAGCUAGUCACACUCACAUACGGGACUACCGCCGCGUCCUUUCUCGCCACGAGAUGCAUUAAGCACCAAGCAGAACAGUUUGCUGACACAUAUCCAAUCGGUUCUCCAUGCGUUGCGCGCGAUCUAUACAUGGACGAUAUGCUCACGGGAGCUGAUACGUACGAGGAUGCGCUGGCAAUACGCGAUCAAACUAUAGAAUUAUUAAAGGAAGGAUCGUUUGAAUUGAGUAAAUGGGGCUCGAAUUGUCCCGAGCUACUAAAGGGUAUGAGCGAGCAGGGCGACAGGCUUAUAUCCAUUAAUCGAGAUCUUAAUUUCCGCGUCUUAGGCAUUCUGUGGGAUCAGGUUAACGAUACGUUCCACUUUUCUUAUAAAGCCGCUGCUGUUUCAAAGCCUGUUACGAAAAGGUCGAUCUUAUCAGAGGUGUCACAAUUGUUUGACCCUUUAGGGCUGCUAGGGCCAGUCAUCGUAGUGGCAAAAAUUAUAUUACAAGAUCUUUGGCAAUCCGGUAUAGAAUGGGACGAAUCGGUGCCGCAGGAUACGCACACAAGGUGGCUGCAACUUAAGCUACAAUUAGCAAAUCUCGAGCGAUUACAAAUUCCGCGUUGGGUCAGAGCUCAUACAGACCGCCAACGAAUGGAAGUACACGGUUUCUGCGACGCCAGCCAGCGGGCUUAUGGCGCAUGCAUUUACAUUCGCACUAAAACCGGAAAAGAUAGCUACGAAUCCGUUUUACUUUGUACCAAAUCUCGAGUCGCGCCGCUCAAGGCCUUGUCGUUGCCGCGUCUCGAAUUAUCAGCCGCAUUGCUUCUUGCUCAGUUAAUUCAUAAAAUAAAGGCAUCAAUUGAUUUGAGGGAAAUAAAAACAUGUCUAUGGUCGGACUCAACCAUAGCAUUAAGUUGGAUCGCGUCCCCAUCUCGCAAGUGGUUGCCAUUCGUCGCAAACCGCGUGGGGGAAAUACAAAGAUUAACGGAAAGGGAUCAUUGGCGUCACGUUCGAUCUUCCGAAAAUCCAGCGGAUAUCAUAUCCCGGGGUCUAUUGCCCGACGAGCUAAUAUGUUCAGAAAUUUGGUGGCAUGGUCCCGCCUUCUUACAAUUGCCUGAAGAACAGUGGCCUAGUGACGAGGUCGUGUCACUUCCCGACGAAAGUCCUGAGCAGAGGAAAAUAUGUGCCGUUGCUGUAUGUUCGGAUGACAGUAUAGUUAGCAAUCUACUUGACAGGUUUUCCAGUUUAAAUAAAAUAUGUCGCAUCCUUUCAUAUUGUCUCCGACUUUCUAAACGACAGAGAUUUCGACCGUCGACAGUCGCGGUGUCACCUAAGGAAAUGAUCCAUUCAUUGGAUGUAGCAUGCAAGGUCGUUCAAAGGCAGGCAUUCGCAAGCGAGUAUGAUUCGCUCAGUAAAAACCGUGAUAUUGAUAAAAAUAGCAGAAUCUUAUCUCUUUCUCCUUUUAUGGGAGAGAAUGGAUUGAUCAGGGUCGGUGGUAGGUUGAAGAACUCAAGCUUAUCAUUCGAUGCUUGUCACCAA